CCAUUGAAUUAACUACCAAUUGCUGUCCCCCUCAGACCCCUACGAGUGACAUUUGAUGACUUUUGUGGUUAUGGUGUAUUCAGCUAUGAAAAACUAGUUCUUAGUUAUUAAAUCAAGUGCAAUUAAUUAGGAUAAAGAUGCCGAAUCCUAGUGAUACGCCGGCCUCGCAGAGGUUGACGAACGAUGAUUUCAGGAAGCUCCUGAUGACCCCCAGGUCGACGCCUGCAUCGGCGCCGGCCCCCGGGUCGAUCAGGGAGGCAAUGAACAAUCCAGCUGGAGCGAUGCCUCCGCCGAAGAGCGAUAAAGGAGAGGAGCGUCGCAAAAAGAAGUCGUUUUACGCGAAGCUGAAGAAGCAGGAGGACACGAAGAUGGCGGAACUUGCGGAGAAGUACAGGGACAGGGCGAGCGAGAGGAGGCAGGGCAGUAACCCGGACUACCAGAACGAGGACCCCAUGAACACGGCGCAAGCAUACAGAGCGGUCGCUCCUGACUUGAAAUCGGGAUUCGAUGCGGCCGAACGCCGGAGACAGAUGAUCCAGGAAUCCAAGUUCUUGGGUGGUGACAUGGAGCACACGCAUUUGGUGAAGGGUUUGGAUUACGCGUUGCUGCAGAAGGUGCGUUCCGAGAUACAUCACAAGGAGCAGGAACAGGAGGACGAGUUGGAGCGGUUGGCCAACAAGACGAUGGAGGAGAAGGAAAAGAAAGAUUUGGUGAAGAAGCCGGAGGACGAGGAGAUGCAGUUUAAAACGAAAAUCGGCCGCUCCAUAUAUCAGACAGUGUUGAGUCUAAAGUCGAAGCAUGUAGAUAGAAUCGAGUUGUUCUCGACUGGGAGGAUGGCGUACGUGAUCGAUUUGGAUGACGAAUCCGAGACUGAUAUACCGACGACUUUGAUCCGUUCCAUUGCGGACGUUCCCUCUUUAGAAUCUACGACGACUUUAACCACGAACGAUAUAGUCAUUAACAAGUUGACGCAGAUCUUGAGUUACCUGCGGCAGGGCAACAGGAAGGGCAAGAAGACGAAGAGAAACGAUCGUAAAGAAUACGAAGCGGAUGAGCCGGAUCAGAAGAAGUGCAGCAAGCAGGACGAUUCGAUCUACGGCGACAUAGGCGAUUACGUGCCGAACGCACGAGGAAAAGACUCCGGAAAAGAUCGCAAGAGACAGCCGUACUUCGAUAAGCAGGACGAGGAUCUGCUGCAGAACUCCGGUCCGUCUCUGAAGGUGAACAAAUCCGCUGCGAUCUUGAAUCGACUGGCGCAAGAACCAGAAGGUUACGCGGAAUGUUACCCCGGCUUGGAGGAGAUGAACGACGCGAUCGACGAUUCCGACGACGAGGUGGACUACUCGAAGAUGGAUUUGGGCAACAAGAAGGGUCCGAUCGGAAGGUGGGACUUCGACACGGCUGAAGAGUAUUCGGAUUACAUGAACCAGAAGGAGGCGCUGCCGAAGGCGGCUUUCCAGUACGGCGUGAAGAUGGCAGACGGGCGGAGAUCGCGGAAACACAAGGACAAGAACGAGAAGGCGCAUCUGGACAGGGAAUGGCAGAAGAUACAGAACAUCAUACACAAAACGGGCAAAUCCAAAUGACCUUUAUAACAGAUUUCAUUCAAUAAAAAUACAAGAAAAAUC